AUGAUCAAAACCAACAAAAAUGAUGUGGUCCAAAGUAAAGCAAUAUCAAACUGGGUAUCGGUCAUAAUCAAAGAACCCCCAAUCGACAUCAUUUCACUGACAAUUAAUGCGAUGGUCACAUUAUUGGAAACAUUAAGUGGGACUAAAUGCCCUUACAAAUAUGAUAAAAACCCCAAAACAAAGUUUUCGCAUAUUGGCAAUUUGGAUUGUUUUGUUCAAUUUGCAAUUUCUCUGGGUGUCAAGGUGUAUGGCAUCAAUGGUACAGAUUUAAUGGAUAAAAAUAUUCGGACAUAUUUGGCUUUGUACAACGGCAUUAUAAAUCGCUUUGUCAUGAUCAACGCAAAGGAACUUAAAAUCAUUCACCAGUGGUUUGGUAACUUAAUAGGGCAACCCAUUCGAUCAACAAAAGACUGGGGAAAUAAGAAAACACUAACUAAAUUAUUAAGGUGUGACACCCCAUUUCAGAGACUUACUGAAAUUGGAGUGCCCACAAUUGUCGAAGAACAAGACUUUGGAAAGGACGACUUCUCAAUGAAUUUGUUGCUUGUCUACAUCUAUGAAAAAAGAAUUAACAUUGAUGUGAUGCACAAAGAAAUGUUCAUUGAUUUCACUGGAGAUAAACGCAUAGUUGAAGGCACUGUCGAAGAACUCAAGAUCAUUAAAACUGGAACUUUGAUUAAACCCACUUUAAUUGAUGCAACAAAAAACACUCCAGUUGUUGUCGAGGAAAAGGAAAGUGAAUUGAAGUCUCAAGUCACAAAACUCAGUCAGAAAGACUCGACAUCCACUUUUAGUUCAAGUGAAGAGGAUGACAAUUCCCCACGAUAUAUUGAAGAUGAAUCAAAUGAGAAAAUUAAGAAGGAAGAAAGGAAGAAAAACGUUGGACAUCAUUCAAAAGAGAAAAAUUUAUUAAACACUCAGCGCAUAAGUAACAAUCAAACACUGAACACUGUCCAACCAAAAGUCGAGAAAAUUGAAAUUAUUCCGCCAAAGAAUUUAACAAAAGAAAUCAAAGAAAGUGAUAUUAAACUUGUUGAAACAAACAUUCAACCUCCUAUAGAGAAAAAUGAAGUAAAGCCAAUUUCAGAGACAAACAGAAAAGAGAAUUUCAUUCGAGAAAAUUUACUGAUAGCAAGAAAUCUGCAUCAAAACGAAAUAGCACAUAAAUCCCUUCCAAAUAUUUUGCAUUUGGUAGAACCAAUAAAACACACUGAAGUGGAACAGAAUCGCCAAUUAGUCGAACAAAAAGUCUUGGACGAAGUCGAAACACCACAAGAAGUUUUUCAUGAAAAAGAAGAAAUACCAAAACUAAGUGAAAAAGAAAUUGAGAAGGUAAUAACAAAAGAUGAAGAAAUGCAACAAAACGUCAUUGAAAAACAAGAAGAUAUAAUUCUUGUGGAAAAAGAACAACACAAAGAAAUUCAAGAAGAUGUAAACUUUACAAUUAUAGAAGAAACAAAAGAAAUCCCAAAUAAGAAAAAUCCAUUAACUUUUAAUGAAGAAAAUUUACACCACGAAGUAACUGAAAAGGAAUUGCCACCACCUCCAGUGUUGGAUUCUUCAUAUUUAGAGAGUCUAAAUAACGAAGAGGAAGUCAAAUACACUCCAUUGGGGUUACCUCCUCAAAUUCCACAGGAAUGUCACAAAGAGGAACAAAAGGCGCUUCAAAAAGAGAUAGUGAACACCAGAGUUGAAACACAAGUUGAAACUCCUGUUGUUUGUGAGAAAGAAAGUGGUACAAAAACAGUGCCUGAAACAAUCAAACAAAUAAGAGAAGGUGAGAAACUAGACACUUUUUCAACACAAACGGAUGUAUCACAAGAGUGUACAAUUGCACCACAAAUUGAAGAGAUAAAAACACCCAAAGAGGUCAUUGAAACAAAACCAAUUGAAGUUCCUAUUGCACCACAAAAGACGGUUACAGUCGAAGGUUCGCCGACCGUGAAAGCAAUUGUGAAUCCAAUUCAUAUUCCCCCUCUAUUGACACAAGAGAACCAUUUAAAAGACGAUGAGUACUUGGAACAAGACGAAGACUUCAUUAAAGAGACUGAACAACAAAUAACUGGUCGUCAAAAAUCACACGUGUCGACCUCAAGCGAUUCAUAUACUGUAUCAGCCAUCGCACAAUUGGCUAUCUCAAAAAGUGCGCAAGAUGUCACAAAGUGUAAUCCACUCAAUACCGACAAAACAGAGGAGGUGUCGCCAGUAAUGAUCACUAUAGUCCCACAAAACACAAACGGAAAAGAGGAAGAAUUAGCAAAGAAGAAAAAGAUCAAAAAGAUCGACUUUACACGACCAAGAAUAUUGGCGAUGUCUCAAGACACUAUGCCAGACAGUCCCGGAAGAAAUCGGAUUGCUUCACUCGGGAACUCUUCCCCAAGAAAUACAGACACCGGUAAAUUCAAGGCUGCAGGAGCUCUUUCUUGUAUUCAACGACAACGGAAUAACACCUAUUUAAAGGAAGAAUAUAUCAAUCCCUCAAUUCUGACUACGCCACGUGGAAUGCUAUUAAAAGACCAACGUGUUGAAGGGGAUCGACUCUUCAAAAUGGAAGUGGAGAAUAAAAUUCGAAUGGAACACGACAUGGCGAAGAUCAGAACAUUUGAGGAGAAGAAGAAUGAGUUUUUGAGGUCUGUUGAUCCAAAUUAUCUGAUCAAGUCGUAUUUCGACGAGUUGAAAGGGUGGGUCGGCAAAGAGGAAUUUACUAUUGUGUUUGAUUCAAUGAAAACAAAUGCAUUUGAUCCUGCGGGGUUAUCUGACUUAAUGGUCAUUUGUGUUGGUAAGAAUAUGAAUAUCUUCGGGUGGUACAAUUCAAAAAAAGUGCCCGAAAGUGGAUUUAUUAAAAACGACCCAAAACACUUUAUGUUCACCCUUCAAAAUCAACUCAAUGUGCAACCGUCACAAAUCUUCCCAAUGAAAAAGCGUUGUUUCACGUUUGGUGUUGACGACGCGCCUUCAUUUUAUUUAAAAAAGACAUUAAAGGUCAUGAAGAAAGAAAAGGUGUAUGUGGUCGAAAUGGGAAUGAAGUUCAAACAAAGAUAUAAAGACUUUACACUUGCGGGAGAUGGUCUUUUUAUAAACAAAGACAACGUCCUUGAAAAGGUGAUAAUUGUUCAGUGGAAAUAA